GGAUCAAUAUCGGGUCAUAUCAGAAACACACAUAUCGAGAGAAAAAAAAGAAGAGAAGAAAGAAAAAGAUAUCUGUUUUAUCCUCGCAAGAAAAACAGUGUCUCGCAGCUUUACUCUCAUCCACUCGCUCAGUUAUGGCUCUGUUCAUAGCCACCGGCCACGGUGGCUGCAGUGGAGGCAGAAUUAUCUGCACCAACCCAACCAAACACCACCCCUACACUCACCACCGUCCCCAAAUUGUUUUCCCACUCGCACCAAGAAGAGCUCAUCAUAUUAUAGUCUCAGCCAAGAAACUCCCUUCCUCUGCAAGAACUGGCCGUUUUGAUAGCAAGAACAAGAGAAGCUCCAUCACCACAAAAGACCAAGACGAUAAUACUGAUGAUAAUGAAGAAGUGAAUGCUGACAUUAGCAGCAGUAGUAGUGUUGAUGUGGAGGAUAAUUAUUACGAUAUCUUGUCUAAGCUUCCGAAAGAUGAGACUGAGUUUUGGGAAGGUCCUCAAUGGGAUGCACUUGGUUUCUUUCUUCAGUAUUUAUGGGCUUUUGGAAUUGUUUUCGCCCUAAUUGCUUGUGGGAUUGCUGUGGCGACAUACAAUGAAGGGGCAACAGAUUUUAAGGACACUCCUGCUUACAAAGAGUCAGUUCAAUCUCAAGAGCUCUUAGAAGAACCUGAUGCAUCUACCUCUGAUGUUUUCGAGUCUAAUCCAACUGAGAUUGCUCCUAGUUUGGAUUAAGUUGGUAUUGAAAUUGCCAUGUGAAAAGCUUUAUAUUUUCUCAUUGCCACAAUUAUAGUUUUCUGGCAAAGAAACAAAUCACUGAAAUGAACAGGUAUUGUUCUCAGUUGUUAAGGUAAAUGUUCCUUGCUGUAACAUCUCAGGCAUAUAGAAAAGAUAUUUUUAGUAUGAAUACAGUUACUAGCAAGCUGAAAUGUACUGCAAUUUGAUUUCUGAUUA